ACUCGGGUGGGGGUGGGGGGGGGGGGACCAAGAUACGGCAACCUUUUAGGCAACACCUGCGAACGCCAGGGCUCAGUAGGAGACGAUCUGACCUCCCUGUGUGACCUCAGGACUCACGCUCUGCAACAGGACGCCAACAUGAAACCGCUUCUCGUCUUGGUGGCGUCAGUGGCGGCCCUACACGUGUGUUCCGGCCUCUCCUGUCAGCCAUGUAGUGAAGUCAAGUGCAGUCGUCCGAGAGGCUGCGCAUUUGGCACCGUGAGGGAUGUCUGUGGAUGCUGCUACGUGUGUGCGAAGGGCCCCGGACAACCCUGCGGCGGAAUGUGGCUCCUGAACGGCAAAUGCGGCGACGGCUUCAAGUGCCAGCCCACCGAAGGACAGCCGAUGAUGGCUCUCCCUGAGGAGUACCUCGACGGCGAGUGCGUGUCCCUGGCGCCGCCCACGCCGGCCGCCCUCACGCAGCUGAACCCCCUGGAUGGAAUGCAAGGACAAGUUCCAAUCUCUUCGGCAGGAGGACCCGGGGCCUCGGGACUCGCGGGCAGCCAACGCAUAGGCAAGAAGAAGCAGCUCGCGAAGCAGCACUCGGUCCAGCUGUACGGAGGAAUCCCGGAGAAGUACCGGAAGCUGCUGAGGCAGGCGAGGCGAAGGAGGCCCAAGCGCCAGCUCUCCUCCCUCAUGGACCGCCGCGUGGGAGGGACGCGCAGGGUGGCCAAGGUGCACACCCACCGCGUCUCGUCAGGGAUCCCGCCCAACAUCGCCGCGUUGCUGAGGCAGUACCGAAAGAAGCAGAGAAGAGCGAGGCGUGAAUACCAGUAACCCGGUGGAAGAAAGCCAGUCGACGAAACCAGGAAAAUGCUCCAGAAAACUUGUAGAACUAGGCAUAUAUGUUGUAACAAUCCACAUUUUCAUUCAUCACCAUUUAGUUACCGGAAUGUUUGGGAAAGUUUAUGACAGAUGUUGUUGUAGGUUGACGUUAGUUCUUCAGUGUAAGACAAUAUAAGUUCAUAGCUAAGUGAUAAUUUUUGGUCAUUUGUAUUCAAAUAAAAUGCUGAACGUUGUAAA